GUGGGUGGCGGUAUGCAGUUUUUUGUUGAUAUACUAUUGUCCAAUGAACCCAGCGAAGAAGAAGUAGAGGCGAAGUCAUGUGACACUAGGUUUGUUGGAGGAGCCGACAACGCAGAAAUUGAAUAUGACCACGGCUCUUACGCAGGGACUGGAGAGGAUCCCAGACCAGAUUGGCUAUCUGGUGAUCAGUGAAGACGGGGUGCUGGCUUCGGCAGGUGAAUUGGAGAACGAUGAGCGCACAGCGGGGGUUAUGAUGCAGAUGGUCCAGACGGCUUGCAAGUUUCGCCUUCACGGCACCGCCGACCCACCCUUCAAACGUUUGUCGGUGAUGUUCGAGGACCAUGCGUACCUGGUGACCGUGUCCGGGCAGAAGGUCUUUGUGGUGAAACGGCAGAAUAAUCAGCGAGAACCGAUCAGCGUGUAGACAGAAGUUCCGUUCCGGGCGGGGAACAGGAAGACUCUGGGAACUUUCACCAUGAAAACAGAACUUCCUCUGCUCUUUUUUGAAAAUGAAAACGUGACGCCAUGGUUUCGGACUCCAGGUGCACAAAGUGUAUAUGCUUGAUUUUUGCAGCUGCUCGUGUUUAACUUAAGAGUUUCCUCGCGAAGGUUUCAGUGUUGUGGCCGUGUAGCUCCAGACAACAGGAUAAAGGCAAGUGGAAAGUGUGUGCAUCUAUUAAGUGUUUUUGUACCCAACUUUUGGGUUUUCUCAAAUUCAAAAUGCUUGCUUUCCUUCACAAAAUGGCUACUACAGCCUCCUCCUUCCAUUGGGGAGAGUUCCAGAAACUUCCAGAACAUGCCCUGCUGACACCAUCCUUCACUGCCUCCAUACGCAGUCACUCAUAAUCGGACGGACACCGUUAGGGCCUGAUUUACAGAGACCUGUAGCACAUGCUAAACCCUUUAGCUCAUGGUAAACCAGUCAGUCAAACGUGGCCAGUGAUUGGUCGUGGUGUUUGUUUUGCACCAAUAACGGUUUGUGUUGUUAGUUUUGCAUAUGCUGAUGUGCGGUUUGUCCAGAGUGAUUGUGGUGGUCCCACUGGCUAACCCCUGCCCCAGGUGAAACCAUAGCAACGUCAGGAUUCGGUCACAGUUUCUGAGUCUCAACCACACCCUAGUUAUGUCCAGCCUGCCCCUAGUGUGUCAAUGUGUGAAACAAAAACAGGGAUGUCCAGUUGGACAAGAAUAGAUUUUUAGGUUGUUCAUUUUCGGUUUGGGAAGCUUUCAUGAUAAUUAACAGCUAAACUUGUCUAUUUUGUUUGUAUAUUAAACUGAAUAUGAUUUUAAAAAUGUC